AUGGGACGGACAGUGCGUACAUUUUCCCCCCGAUGCUGUGUUCUGCUGCUAACUUUGUCUAUAUUUCCCAGGAGCUGCAUAACGCUUGUCGACAGCCAUGACCGUAUUAUUGCUGUCCUUGGCGGCGUUCCUCAUGGGUCCAAGGGGAUGGAAUGGCAGGCAGUCGAAGCUGCUGCUACUGCUGCUGCUUUGCGUUGCCGUGAAUCUAGUGCCUUCACCGCAGCACAGAAACAUGGUCGGCGCGGAGAUUUUGCCUCUCGAACAGUCGGUUUUGGCUACGGCAACGGGCGGCGUAAACCGCAGAAUUAUAGAGUCUCUGGCAAGGCCAAUCGGAAAGCCAUGCAAGAGCUCCUUCAAAAUCAAGCAAUUCGUCGCAUCUCUGGCUUUCAAAACGCUCUCUUUAACACCUUCUGUCACAAGAACUACAUGGAACAUGUGGACACCAAUAACGAACUGCUUCGUAAGCAGCCAGAGCUACGGGCCAACUUCCCCGAGACUGCCUUUGCUGCCACAACGUUCAACUUGGGACCCCUCUCGUUUUCUCCCCCUCACAUGGAUCCUGAUAACCGCGCCUCCAGCUGGUGUGCUGAUACCAGCAUGGGACCUUUCAACCCUGACAAAGGCGGGCAUCUCGUGCUUUGGGACAUUGGGCUUGUCAUUCGCUUCCCUCCUGGCUCCACCAUCCUUUUUCCCUCUGCACUUAUCACUCAUUCUACCAUCCCCAUUCAAACACACGAAACCCGAUAUGCAAUGGUACAAUAUUCAUCAGGAGGUCUUUUUCGAUGGCGUGAAAAUGGGUUCCAAUCUGAUAAAACCUUUCUAGCAAGAGCUACUCCUGAAGAACGAGUAAUGCGUGAGUUAGCACGAGCAUCACGAUGGAAGUUGUCUUUGCAGAAAUUCACCCGUUGGACAGAUAUUUGUCACGGUGAUUGGAGGGGUGCAGCUCGGACUGAGGCUGGUUUAGAUGAGCUAAGUGAUCUUUCCGACCUCGAGGAGCCCUUGCAUGUUUUACAUCCUAAUAAACGUGUUUGUCGCCAGUAA